GCCCCUCGAUUUGCCCAAGUGUGGAUUUGAACGCUGCGGUUCACCAAGGCUUUCGUCUUCGCACAAAUCGACCUCCGCAGACCGACCAGCUCAACGACCUUCACUUCCCACCACAUCAGCAAACCGCCAAACCUCAUCAACGACCACCAAAACAACUAGACAAAAUGGCUCCCGCUGGUGGCAAAGGAAAGAAGAAGUGGUCCAAGGGAAAGGUUAAGGACAAGGCCCAGCACGCCGUCCUCCUGGACAAGACCACCUCCGACAAGCUCUACAAGGACGUCCAGUCGUACCGCCUCGUCACCAUUGCCACUCUCGUCGACAGGCUAAAGAUCAACGGCUCGCUGGCUCGCCAGUGCCUUGCCGACCUGGAGGAGAAGGGCCAGAUCAAGCCCGUGGUCACGCACAGCAAGAUGAAGAUCUACACCCGGGCCGUUGGCGCUGCCGAAUAAGCACCUCCAUUUUCACGACUUUCCACGACUGCUUGCUUUUUGUGAGGGGGAACUCCAGGCGCGAGGGACUCCAUUCUAGCCCAUGCUCAGGGCAAACAACGGAUACGGAUGGGUUAUGGCUUCACAUCUUUAGGAGUUGGUCUUUUGGCACAUGGUGUAUCAUAAGGCAGGGAGGAUUUUAUCUCCCAACUAGGCCCCCAUAUAGACGGCUACACUGUCUUGAGGACUGCAUGGCACGGAAUGGUCAUGAUGCCUUAGUCAAAAACGAAACAAAACAUUCUGAAUCACUUGCGUGUUUCUGCAGCAUUGCGAAGUGGGAAUUAAAGUCAAGUUGUCAGUGGCGGAAGUAUGCAAGCAUAUAGGCCAGACGAAAUGUCUAGUACGAGCAGGCUAUUUGUGAACUACCUAGACCUGGUACUGGCUUCGAAAAUAA